GAAAGUCUUCUUCACUAAUUAUCAUCGAGAAGGAGAAAAGAUGUCGUCAGGUGGUUCAUUUCUGUGUGUUAACGGUAUCCUAGCUUCUUCGACUGACAUUCCGUCGCCAGUCUCUGUUUUACUGCAAACCCAUCAAGGAGCUUACACUACAACUCGGACUCAUGACAACGGUUCUGUCUUACUCUUCUGGCAGAGACACUUGCGACGCCUUGCCGAAUCCGCACAAAUUCUCUGCAAUUCAAAUCCCAAGCUGUUGUUCGGUUCCAAUGUUUCAUCGGUUCCGAUUCUUUGGACGUCGGACAUUUGGGAAUCGAUUGAGCUUUCAAUUGACGAUUCGGUUAAGAAAGUGUUGCCGAUUGCUUUGAAAGAGAAGAGUGACAGUCAAGAAUUGUCUGUUACUGUGCUUGUGAGUGGGUAUUUGGACCAAGAUAAGGUUUCUAGGGCUUUCAAUGUUUUUGUUCAUGCGGGAUUUUAUGUGCCUCCUAUGUUUGGCAUUUCACACAAUGCAGCCCAUUUGGCUGUGGUUGGAAGGGGAAGGAGUUUCCCUAAUGCAAAGUACUCAGAUUGGGUAAGAAUAAGGAAGAGUUUAGAGGAGUUUAGGCCUUCUUCAGCUACUGAGAUCCUGUUAUCCAAUGAUGGGGACCGGAUCCUAGAAGGAAGUGUCACAAACUUCUUUGUUGUUUGUCGCAAGGCUAGUGGUGAUCAAAAGAAAUAUUCACUUGAUUGUGCAGCUACACACACGCUGGAGGUUCAAACAGCCCCCCUCACAGAAGGGGUCCUUCCUGGUGUUAUCCGCCAAGUGAUCAUCGAUAUAUGUUUCAGUAUAGGAAUAGCUGUACGAGAAGUUGCUCCAUCAUGGUCUGAGCGUGAAACUUGGGAAGAAGCAUUUAUUACAAGUAGUUUGAGGCUUUUGCAGCAUGUGGAGACAGUUCAAGUUCCUAGGUCACUUGAGUUACUGCAUAUGGGAAAACCAUGGAAGGAUAUAAUAACAGAGAAACGAUUCACUGAUAACCCUGGGAGGAUUACCACAAUCAUCCAGGAAGAGAUAAUAAAAAAAGCAAGUACAGAAGGAUGGCCGGUAGUUUAGCUCAAUAUUUAUUAUGUCUUUAGUGGAUGAUGUAUCAAAAUAUUGUGGAGGUAUUCCUUCCACUAUAAGCUAAUUGUUUUUCUUCUUUCUUUCAAGUUAAUAUGAUGACAGACCUUGGCAAAAACUGAAACUUUUUGGAUAUCUGUUAUAUGUUCUGGAAUCAA